AUGACGAUCCACAAGUUAGGCAAGUACUUCUUUUCUCUGCUCUCCAUCGUUUCGGCUCUGGCAUGGGCGUGGAAUUUCUUGCUCCGUUUCUCUUUGUUCCCUUAUCAAAUACCUUCCGCCGUUGCCGGCGGUGAUUUCAAGCUCGGAAGCCGUAACUUCAACUGCAAGCGUGGCUCGGGAUAUGACGAUGAUGAAGUUGUCGAAUGCGCUAUUUGUUUAUGCAAGAUCGAUGAAGACGACGAGAUUCGAGAGCUGAGAUGCGACCAUCUUUUCCAUAAAGUUUGCUUGGAUAGAUGGGUCGGGUACCGGCGUUCCACCUGCCCGAUUUGUCGAACUUCUUUAACUCCUCGUCAACUAGUUUCCGGCAUGGAAGUCAUUCUUUUCAAGUAUUGUUCUUUUGAUGAUUCCAGCCACCGGGAAACAUGGUGGCUGCGGUAG